AUCCGAUGAUAUAUAUGUAUACCGUGAAUUGUCUCUAACGAGUGACAGAGCUCUUCUUUUUCUUUAUUACAAAGACACAAGCGACUUCGAAGAAAAGCAAAUAAUUAUGACUCGUAAGAGCACGAUCGAUCGCAAACUGUUCUUUCUGCUUCCCUUUUUCGGUAUUUGGUCGAGCAAUACGUGCAUUUUUAUCAGCCGAGUGUUUUGGCUAGUUUCAUUAGCGUUUGUCGAAUUCUGUCAUUGUCGUUAUUUUGUAAAGCACUUCAAUCCAGAUGAUUUUAUCAAUUUGAUAGAUUGUAUGUCUAGCUUUUUGGCGUACGGGAAGACGUACAUUAAGCUCAUCGUGCUUUGGAUAAAUCAGAAAAAAUUCAUGGAAACUCUGGAGUUGAUCGCAAACGAUUGGAGCGAUUGCGCGAACAGUGACCUGCAUCUAAUGACACGCAAGGCAAAAAUAUCAGAUCGUAUCACAAACAUAAUACUCGUUCUUCACACGUCGAGCAUUGUCGCGUAUUGUCUCGGUGUCAUCGUUGCCGAUGCCGAUGUGACCGAUAAAACAACGGCCCUACCCUUCGGCAGCAAAAUGGAUUUUUAUUACACCACCAACACCCAGAACGUGUACAGAUCUAUAUUAAUUGUGGAAUUCAUACAUAUGAUUUGUUGUAAUUUGGUGAUUGGCAUUGUAAAUGCUGUACUCGUGACUUUGGUGUUGCAUGCAAGUGGCCAAAUAGAUCUUUUAUUAAAUUGGUUGACAAAACUUUCACCCAAAAAUAUUGAAAAUAAUCAAGAAAUAAUCGCCACCACGACAAGCAAAAUUAUUGUACAGCAUCAAAAGAUUAUUCAAUUUUCGGAAAACAUAGAAAGUUUGUUUACACACAUUACGUUAUUCAUAUUUGCAUCGAACACACUGUUAAUUUGUUCAAUAGGUUUUCUCAUCGUAAUGACAAUUGGAACUCCAAAUGCCAUCGUAAACAUAGCGAAAUGCGUUAUGUUUCUCAUAAUAACGAAUUUAGAGGCGUUUAUGCUCUGCUACGCCGGAGAAUAUUUAAAUAACAAGAGUCAGGCAAUCGGAUUUGCGACGUACAGUUGCGCGUGGUACAGCUUGAAACCUAAAGACAGUCGUAUUUUACUGUUCAUAAUAAUGAGAUCACAAAAGCAAAUGAUGCUCACAGCUGGCAAAAUGAUGGAUCUCUCCUUACAAUCUUUUACAAGUAUUAUGAAUGCUUCGGGAUCUUAUCUGUCGGUGUUACUGGCAAUGCAAUAAGCAUAACUUGUCAAUCAAUAGUCGU